AUGACUGAGGUCGGCCCUUCCGACCUGUCGAGGCUGCUUCAGACCAAGCGCAAUGAGUGCAGUGCAAUCGUGACGUCGCGGAAGCGGAAGCUUCGCGAGUUGUUCGCGGUCGCGACACAGGUCGACCCGCUGCCCGAUCAUGGCCUCGCUAAUCCAGACGCGCCGGCGGCCACACCGGCCGAAUGGCAGUUCCUGCAAGCCAGCGACAUCUUACAGGGCAAGACGCUGAACGAAGUCCACAUUCCUGCGAGACCCAGGCUGUCGCUCGAGCGGCUCAAACGAUCGCUUGUCGAGUUGAAAAAGGCUGCCGCACCUCUCGAAGCAGCUUCAACAGCAGCCACUGGCGUUGCAAAUGCGCGACCGACUCAAGCCAAGAAGCAGACGACGUCUGAUGGCGCGACCGUGGUACCUAAUGGGGAUGGUGCUCCUGUAGCAGCUCCGAACGCGACGCCGAUAACCUCUGCGAAGCUGGCGCCGACGCCGACACCGCAGUCGCAACAAGAUUCGAGUCGAACACUGCCACAGGGUCCGCAGAAUGCAAGCGCCGCUCCGAAACAGCAGUCUCAGCGUGGUGAUGGAUCAGUCCAGGCUGGCCGUGGCAUCGCUGGCAUGCCCUCGAAGGGGACGCAGCAGGGACAACGGACCGCUCAAGUUGCGUUCCCUCCGGGGACAAAGGGCUCUCCAUCAACAGACGCGGGAGCAGCCGCCUCUGUGGCUGUCGGCUCCGACGGAAAGUUGGAGAGCACGCCGGAAGUCAAGGGGGAAUCCGAUGCGACGAACAUUCACCGCGACACCAACGGCGCGCUGUCCAUCAAGCUCCCGACGGACGCGGCCAAAAUCUCUGAGGCCGUGUCCACCCCAGGCUCGACUGCUGCGAGUGCCACGACUCCUGCGCCUCACGAAAGCUCAACGGACACGAGUCCCGACAAUGAGGGGCCAAGGUUAUUAGAUGCCGCCGGCCGAAAGGAGCAGGACGAAGAUGCUAUGGCCAAGGCUCCGCCGCCAGUCUCGGACAUACAGGACCAGAAUCAAACACCCGAGGCUCAACUCCUUCGCGAAUCCGUACGGUCGAGUGUUGAGACAUCCAUCUCGGCACCCAAAACUUCGCCAGCUCCCCCGAUCCCUACCGCGCCCAAGCCUACCGACGAGACAGAGACACCGGCCCCGAAGCCCGAGUCGAGGCCCGUAUCCGCCACUGAUGGAUCAGCGCAGCCGCCCGCUGGAGCUACCCGUGUGACGGAGGUUCCCGAUAGCGAAGGCGGCAGCCCGGAUGAGAUGGAUAUCGAUGUGCCCGACGUACCUGCACAGGACAGCAAGAUACUGGCUUCACGGGAGCCCAAUCUUCCUACACAGGAGGCUCCCGCUGCUCCAUCGACGCGGAAGGAAUCAAUGAAGGAGCAGUCGCAGGAUACAGCGCCGGAGCGAGCAGUCACACGGGUAUCUUCUGGUGCCAUGCGGCUAAAGUCCGUAACCGAGAUCGUCGGGGGUGCUGGCCGCCAGGCGCAAGGAAGCGAACGAGACGCCACUGCGAAGACCGCCCACGAUCAGCUCACGCCAGUUACUUCAACCCCCCAGUCGCCGGCCUCGAGGAUCAGGACCGCCGGUGUAUCACGAAAGGACCGAGCAAAGGGCCAGACAUCGACGGUAUUGUUUGGCAAGCAGCCCAAGCGAGUGGAAGACAGAGCACUUGUCCCGGGCCACAAGGACACUCUGCAGGCUUCCGACGACUAUUACACGCCACUUUUUGUCCAGAACUUUUCAGGUUCAGCCAGCUGGAUGCAGCCACUUGAGCGGAUCCUGUUCCAGGCGAACAAGACGAUAUCUACCCCUGAUGCCCACCUCGUGAUUCAGGAUCACCAGGCCUGUCGAGUCCUCCGCCGGGUCUAUCAUCUGCAACAACACGACAAAUGGUCGCUACGCCAGCCGAAGCGCUGCCCCGAACCCACCAGACCGGCAUCUCAACAGGACGUUUUGCUGCAAGAGAUGAAGUGGAUGCGAACCGACUUCCGAGAGGAGCGCAAGUGGAAGAUGGCCGUCGCUCGAAACCUCGCCCAUGCCUGCGCGGAAUGGCACGAGGCCACUCCUGAGGUCCGCAAGGCGCUCCAGGUAACAGCUGUCAUCCCGCCCAAGGCGCAGUUGGCGGAUGGCGACGUCCCAAUGGUUGAUGCGGAAGGGCCCGUAGACAGCCAGUCCACCCCCGACCUCGUGUCGUCGGGUGAUAUCGACUCGCCCCAAAACAUCGACGAACUCGUUGAGGACUUUGUUGAAACCGUCGCUCCGUCCGCUAUAUUCGCCCUGCAGGAGGAUGAUGUGGUGUUUGGGCUCCGAAGAACACCCGCGGCGGACAAGUUACUCGAGGAGUUGCCCAUGUACGGCCCGCCUCUGCAAGUGCCAAAGGUCGACAUCGCCGGCCCCGAGCACGACCCGGACGCGCACUGGAAACGUCCUGCUCUACCGUUGAGCAAAUACGUGGAGGGCGAGAUGAAGCUUGCGCAGCCUGGGCCCCCGAACCGGCCUGGUCGUUUUGCUUUCGCAGACGAGGACGCCGACGAGGACGCCGAGGGUGGCUUUGUCGCCGACCAGCACGUGCACACCUUCAAAUUGCCGCCCAGCACGGACGAGGUCUCACUAUUCCACCCCGAAUCCAAGCACAUCCGAGAUCGCCUCCAUGCUGGCCACCAGUUCCGACCACCCUCAGAGCAUCUGAUGCCGACGCAGAGCUUCUAUGAGGCACGCAGCCCGUCGCAGUGGACCCUGGCGGAGGACGACGAGCUUCGUGGGCUUGUGAGGGAGUACUCAUACAACUGGUCCUUGAUCUCGAGCCUGCUGUCGACGAGGUCACUAUUCACGUCCGGUGCCGAACGGCGAACACCAUGGGAGUGCUUCGAGCGAUGGAUCAAUCUUGAGGGUCUGCCGGCUGACAUGCAGAAGACUCAAUAUUUCAAAGCAUAUAACAGCAGGAUCGAGGCCGCUCAGCGAGUGAUUGCUCAGCAAAACCAGAUUGCCGCUCAACAGGCCAGUGCGUCUGGCGGUGCCGUCACCCCGGUGCGACGCAGGCCUUCUGUUCCCAUGAGAGUUGAGAGGCGACGCAACCAGAGGCACCUCACCAUGAUUGACGCCAUGAGGAAGCUUGCGAAGAAACGAGAGACAGCGCUGCAGAAGCAGCAGCACUCGGCCUCGCAAAGCACUGCCAACAAGAAGACCAACGACACCAUCUCGCAGAGGCCAGCCAAGACUCCUCGAGACUACAGCCUCAUGCGGUGGGAGCGAGACCAAGCCCUCGCCGAGAAGAUGGCGCAGUACGCCCAGCGACAGGAGCUUCAACGGCGGGCCGCGAUGGCAGCUCGGGCGCAGGGCCAAGGUGUCGCUGCUGCCGGAGCUGCCGCAGCCGGCGCCCAGGGUCAAAACGCAAACCACAUGGCUGGCAAUCCCGCCGUCAACGGCGCCCCUCGUCCCAUGUCCAACCAGCUUGCCGCUGCCGCCGCUGCCGUCGCGGCCAGCCAGGGUCGACAGCGCAUGCCGAUGCAGGCUCCUGCCAACAAUGUCGGCGCAAUGCAGGCUCAGAUGAACGGCGGACUCUCCGCCCCGGCGCAGAUGAACGGAACACCCCAGGCGCAGAUGCAGGGCAUGCAAGGCCAGCACAGGAUGCCGAUGCCUAACCAGCAGCCGGACGCCAGUCUCAUGCUGCGAGCGCAGCGCAUCUCGGAGCAGCAGCGUGCUGCUGUCCAGAUUCAACAGGCUCAGCAUCACCAGCCUCAACAGCAGGCCAACGGCGGAACGCCAGGCCCCACAGGGCAACACCUUUCUCCUCCAAUGCGCAACGGUAUCAACGGCAUGAACCAGCAGAAUUUCAUGAACAAUGCGCAGGCUAUGAUGGCGUCGUACAACGCUGCCGCGGCCGCAAACGCAGGCGGCCAUUCCUCGCCGCCGCCGAAUGGUUUGCACAUGCCAUCUGCUGCCGCUGCGGCUUCGCCCGGCCAGCGCCAGCUCCCUCAGCUCCCCCCAGGCAUCGCAGUGCAGCUGCAGCACCUCGAGACAAGUUUCAGGGCCAAGAACCCGAGCUUGACGCCCGAGCAGGCGCGCCAACUCGCCACCGAGCACCUCACACGGGCCAUGGUGGCCCAGCGGCAGAACGCCAUGAACGCUGCCGCGGGCUCGCCUGGGCAGCCUGGAAUUGCCAACAGCAUUGCCGCUACCAGCAGCCCGCAUCAGUAUGCUGCCCUACUUCGCCAGCAGCAACAGCAGCAGGCGCAGCAGCAAGCUCAGCAGCAGCAACAGCUACAGCAGCAACAGCAGCAACAACAGCAGCACGGGCAGCCACAGCACCAUCAGCAGCAGCAGCAGCAUCCUCAGGCGCACCAGCUUCACCAGCAGCAGGCACAUCAGCAAAAGCAGACGCCGCAGCAGCCUCAGCAGCAGCAGCAGCAGCAGCAGCACCAGGCGCAGAUGCAACAGCAACAGCUUCAGGCACAGCAGCAGGCGCAGCAAGCGCAGCAACAGCAGGCGCAGCGCAGCAGCCAGGCCCCCUCCGCCAGCGGCACGCCGACGCCUGGGCCUGCAUCUGCCAGCCCCGUGCAAGCUCACCAGCGCGCCGCGAGCGGCAGUGCCACGCCAUCAGCUGCCGGAAAGUGA